CAAUUGUUGACAGAUAACAAUUUUUAGGUUAUGUCAUUUUGGCAUUGCCCGUCCCCGAUUUCACUUUUCAAUAUUUUUUCAUGGAUUUGAUGCUUAUGUAUGUAAUUAGCUUCAAUUCAAUUCAUAAUUCUGAAAAAAAUCAUGUUAAAAUAGCUGAAGCAUCUUAAUGAUAAGUGUUCAUUUGUUCAUUAACAGUUCAUAAACAUUCAACAGAAUGAUGUGAACUUGAGUCAACAAGUGUUUUUGGAAAUCGCAAAUAAACUCAUGAACUCACUGAUUAUUGUGAAUAUUUCUUGAAUUCUCUGAUCAGUAGAAGAUCAAAUAUUUAUAUGGAUCGUGUCAAUGCACGGGAUAGCGAUGUAUACUCGAGUGCAACAUCUCUUCAUUUAUUAACAAAUUCUGAUGGGAUUCGUGCAUCUCGCCGCACCAUCUAUCAUAGUGCCGAGGAUUUAUCAGAAAUCGAUGAGAAGAUGUCGGAAGAGGCUAACCUGUGCUCCGAAAUGGCCAGCGGUAAUCCCAAACAGAUCACUAGGUUCAAAAGUGUGGAACCCAAGCCUGUAUCAACAAUGUUCCGGGACGGGAAAACAACUGUGGAUUUCAUCCUGGCAUGGUGGGAACCAAUUAUAAAGCCCAACCUGAGUCAAGAAGCUAAAGCCGCCGCUUUGGCUCAAUCAGCAGCAGCUAAACAGAAACGUGAAACGUUCGAACGCAAUCUGAAAGAAGAAGGCCUUAUUUUGGAAUACGAGUUCAACAAUCGUCUGAAUUUUGUUAAAAUUCAUGCUCCCCGUGAAGUGCUGAAAAGAUACUGUGAGAUACUCAAGCUCAGAAUGCCCAUGAAAGAUUUUCCAGAAAAAGAUGAACUGUUUGGUCCUCACAUGGACCUCAUGAACGAAGUCACAUCAUUCAUUUCCAAAAAUUUCCUGAGCUUUGUUUGCCUCGAUGAAAACGUCUUUCCCAAGGAGAGGUUUCAACCUUCAGCCGAAUACAGCCGGGAUAGAAGCUACUUAUUUGACGAUGACUGUGAAGACUUCUUCAGUGGUGCUGUUCGCACACUAGUAGUUGAUUUCAUAUUGGAAAGGCAAAGAUUCAUUGAUGAUCCAUCUUCAGUGGCAGCUAUCGGCAUUGAAAGACUGAUCUCUGAGAAUAUUUACAGUGCAGCAUAUCCAUUACACGAUGGUGAUAACAAAAUACCAGGCUCUCUGAGGAAUCUCUUAUACCUUGAGUGGGCUCAAAUGAGUAAAUGGAUCAAGCACCAGCCAAUCGAUCAAAUUAAAGAGUACUUUGGUGUAAAAUAUGGAUUAUAUUUUGCUUGGCUUGGAUUCUACACGCAUAUGCUCAUACCAGCAUCAAUUGUGGGACUCGUAUGUUUCUUAUAUGGCAUAUUCACAGUGCACAACGAUACACUCAGUACCGAUAUUUGUAAUACCACGAAACAAAUAAUAAUGUGUCCAUUGUGUGAUGUGACUUGCGAUUAUUGGAUAUUGGCUGAAACAUGUACUUAUGCGAGGAUAACAUAUUUAUUCGAUAAUCCAGUUACCGUUGUUUUUGCAAUAUUCAUGUCGUUUUGGGCCACACUGUUCCUAGAGCUAUGGAAACGGUACAGUGCAUCGAUAGCUCACCGCUGGGGUCUGACCGGAUUCACAUUGCAAGCGGAACAUCCAAGACCUCAGUUUCUAACCAGGCUGUCUGGAGCGAAAAAAUAUCGAGUGAACGUGAUUACCGGUGUUAAAGAGCCCUAUGCUCCAUUCUGGACCGUUAGAGUACCUGCAACAUUGCUUAGCUUUUCUGUUGUUUUGCUUUUGAUCAUUCUGGCCAUUGCAACGGUAUUUGGUGUGAUCUUAUACAGAAUGUCCGUGAAGACGGUGCUGGCCUCAUUGGAAUGGGUUGGAGAUAGUGAUUGGACUACGACCCACACCCUUUUCCUAGUUCCUACUUCGGCUGCUAUACUCAACUUGGUAUUCAUCAUGGCAUUGAACUACGUUUAUGAUAAGUUGGCUGUCUACUUAACAGAACUGGAAUUGCUAAGGACUCAAACAGAAUUCGAUGACUCCCUGACUGUGAAAAUCUACCUGUUUCAAUUCGUCAACUACUAUUCAAGCAUAAUGUACAUUGCAUUCUUGAAGGGGAAAAUUGUCGGAUAUCCGAAAAAAUAUAACAGGAUUUUUGGAUUCAGACAGGAAGAGUGCAACCCUGGCGGAUGUCUUAUGGAACUAUGCAUACAGUUAGGAAUUAUAAUGGUUGGACAACAAACAUUCAAUACAAUUCUAGAAAUGGUGUUGCCACUUGCCUACAAAUGGUGGACCACACUGAUGAUUUCCACAGGAUUGGAGACGAAAAACGAAUCGGAAGACGCGAUGGAAUCGAUGGCUCCACGCCAGUGGACCGAAGAUUAUAAAUUGCUGGACUGGGGACCACGUGGUCUCUUUUACGAGUACUUGGAGGUGGUGAUGCAGUACGGGUUCAUCACCAUAUUUGUGGCUGCUUUUCCACUGGCUCCGCUGUUUGCUUUGCUUAACAACAUUUUCGAGAUGCGAUUGGACGCGAAAAAGUUUCUCACCUUUUACCGACGGCCGGUACCUAAGCGAGCGCCCAAUAUUGGUGUAUGGUUCAGGAUACUCGACGUUCUUGGCAAGCUCGCUGUUAUAUCUAAUGCUUUCAUAAUAGCAUUCUCAUCGAACUUCAUACCGAAAUUGGUCUACCAAAUGUCAGUAAGCGAGGACCAUUCAGACAGAGGAUUCUUGAACCAUUCUUUGGCCUACUUUGACAUUCGAGACUUCACUCCUCCGCUUAAUUCGACCUACAAAGAUAUCGACCACUGUCGGUAUGCUGAAUACAGAGAACCGCCAUCCAAAAACUAUAAGAGGCCUCUCAUCUACUGGAAGAUUUUGGCAGCUAGACUUAUAUUUGUAGUUGUAUUUCAGAAUAUUGUAUCACUGGUAAUGUUGGCUGUUCAGUGGUUAAUACCAGAUGUACCCGCAAGGCUAGGGGACCAAAUAAAGCAUGAGGCUUUACUAACCAACGAGCUAAUUAUCAAACAAGAAGCGAAAAUAGCUAGCAAACGAGCUGGGUGUAGUAACAGGCAAGAUUCAAAUUUGUCUGACGAUUCUUCAUCGCUGAGGCAUAGACAUCAAAGUGAUGUCCAGAGCAAAGAAGAUAUUGAAUUGCAAGAAAUUUCUGUGAAAAGAAAUGAGAUUGUCUAGGACAAUUACAAUAAAAUGUGGCAAAAUUACCUUGUCUAAGGUAGGUAACGACAUUGAAAUAUGGUAAAAUUGUGCAAAAUGACAUUGUCUAAGGUAAUGACAGUAAAAUAUGG